AUGACAUCGACCGAAGUGCAAACCCAGACCAACGCCAUCAUAUCCAAGAUAUUCUCACCGUUCUAUGACAUGUUGGCAUACUUUCGAUCCAAGGUGUAUGAUACUUUGAUCCUUCACAUGACUACCAAGUGGUACGAAGUCGUCCUUUCCCAAUUGCCAGAAAACUCGACCCUAUUGGAUGUCGGAGUUGGAACUGCGGGUGCCUUGAUCAAUUGUUCGGCGAUUGUGAAGAACCGUGGAUUGAAGAUUGUUGGAGUAGACUACGAUAAAGAUUAUGUCAUUCAAGCCCAAGUAGCUUUGGAAAAGGCAGGCCUUCAAGAUUCUGUGCAAGUUUUUCACAAGAGUGUGUACGAUUUGAACAAGGAUACGGACGGUGUGUUUGAUGCUGUCUACUUUUCGGGUUCUUUCACUCUCUUGCCAGAUCCUAUCGAGGCCCUUCGUGUUGUCAUUCCCUUGACGAAAUUCAAAAUUUACGUCACUCAAACCUACCAACGCAAGAGUCCACCAUUGCUGGGAUACAUCAAGCCUUUGCUCAAGUAUCUGACUACCAUUGACUUUGGUCAAUUGACAUAUGAAGCGGACAUUGCUGAAUUCUUCACCAAUAAGGUACCCAAGGAAUGCAGUCUUACGUUGGAGUCACAUGAAAUCAUCAAGGGUAGUUUGGACACGAGUCUGCAAGCUGCCUACCUGACCAUUCUGGAUGUUAGUAAAUAG